AUGGGUUUUCAAUCAGGACUACUUUUACUUGCUAAUGGUGAAUUCAACAGAAACUUCAAAUCAAUCCGUGUGGAUCCUUCAGGCCAUGGAAAUUUCUCAAGCAUCCAGUCUGCCAUAGAUUCCGUCCAACCAAACAACAAAUAUUGGACAUAUAUCAAUAUCAAGGCUGGUAUAUACAGAGAGAAGGUUUCAAUCCCAAGAGACAAGCCAUAUAUUGUUCUCAAAGGAGAAGGAAGACAGAGUACAAUGAUUGUUUGGAAUGAUCAUGAAUCUCUUGAACAAAGCCCUACUUUCUCUUCUCGUGCGGAUAACAUUGUUGUCAGAAGAAUCUCCUUUGUGAACUCAUACAACAGUCCCUACAGCAAAAACCCUAGAGUACCAGCUGUGGCAGCCUUGAUAGCCGGUGACAAGUCUUCCUUCUACAGAUGUCGGUUCUCCGGCCUACAAGACACGUUGUGGGACGUUCAAGGUCGACAUUACUUCAAGAAAUGCACAAUCCAGGGGGCCGUUGAUUUUAUUUUCGGCAAUGGCCAGUCAAUUUACGAGAAUUGCGAGAUAGAAGUGCUUGGAAGCGAGUUGGAGCCUGGUCUUCAAGGGUAUAUCACAGCACAAGGAAGAAGCAAUCCAAAUGAUCCAAAUGGGUUUGUGUUCAAAGAAUGUAUAAUUACUGGGAGUGGUUCAGCAUACUUGGGGAGGCCAUGGAGAGAUUAUGCAAGAGUCUUGUUCUACAAUUCAAAUCUCACUAACAUUAUUCAUCCUCAAGGUUGGGAUGCUUGGAAUUCUGCUGGUCAUGAGAACCAAUUAACCUUUGCGGAGCAUGGCAACUUCGGACUCGGAUCUGCAAGUUUUGCCAGAGUGAAAUGGGAAAAAAAGCUGGACUUGAAGGAAUUGUAUGAAUUGGUUAGCACAAGUUUCAUUGAUGGUGAAAAUUGGAUUAUUAACCAACCACCAUAA